CCAAGCUGGACACUCAUGCGCAUGCGUGCCCCCCUCCCUCCACCACCUGCCUUCCAACACCUUCUUCAGUUGGUUCUCUCCUGAGUCUACCACCUCCUGCUGAGCUGCGCCUCAGAGGUGGUGACUCUGGACAGGCAUCCUCCUCCGUAGUCAUCGGUGUAGUCUGAGGGCCUGCGGUCUGAGAAGUCCCGGGUGCUUUUGUACAGCACCAGAAACAUCCUAAGCAAUGGCAUCCAUCCGGAAAAAACUGGUGAUCGUGGGCGAUGGGGCUUGUGGAAAGACGUGCUUGCUCAUCGUCUUCAGCAAGGACCAGUUUCCUGACGUUUACGUGCCCACGGUGUUUGAGAACUACGUGGCCGAUAUCGAAGUGGAUGGAAAACAGGUGGAAUUGGCCCUGUGGGACACAGCUGGACAAGAAGAUUAUGAUCGCCUGAGGCCGCUCUCCUAUCCCGACACUGAUGUCCUCCUGGUGUGUUUCUCCAUUGGCAGCCCUGAUAGCUUUGGGAACAUCCCGCAGAAAUGGACUCCAGAAAUCAAGCAUUUCUGUCCCAACGUGCCCAUCAUCCUGGUUGGGAGCAAGAAGGAUCUUCGGAAUGACAAGCAGACAAGACAAGAGUUAGCCAAGAGGAAGCAAGAGCCGAUAAAACUUGAACAAGGCCGAGAUUUGGCAAACAUCAUAGGCGCUUUCGGGUACGUGGAGUGUUCUGCAAAGACCAAAGAUGGAGUGAGGAUGGUCUUUGAAAUGGCCACAAGGGCUGCUCUGCAAACGAAUCGAAGGAAGAAAAAGCCUGGAUGCUUCCUCUUGUGA